UGCGUCAGUCUCCACAGGCCGUACCACCGAGCUGUGUCCACAAGCUGCUGACGUGUCUGCUUCUGUACUACACACGCAAAGUUAUCAACAGCUGUCCUCAGUCCUUCAAGGCAAUUUUCACCGCCUGCAAAGGAUGGCGGACACGCUCCGGCAGGAGCAGAUAGCCUAUCAGCUGAAGACAAGUCACAGCUGCUCCAGGCUGGCCCAGAAACCCACGCAUAAACAAGAGCCGCCCUGGUGUGGGGCGGAGUUCGAUGGAGUUGUGUGCUGGGCGCCAACAGAGGGGGGAGCCACCGCGACGGAGCCCUGCCCCGCUUUCCUGGAGACCGCGAAUCUCUCCUGGGUGAACCGGACGUGUGGCCCCGACGCCACUUGGGAAAGCGGCGACGAUGUGAACUACACUUCUUGCGGUCUGGAUGCAGAGUGGGUUAAGGCCCUGCGGCAGCAGUACGACCAGAUACAGGAACAUCAAGUGUCCUCCACGUCCCCGUCUGCCAGUCCCGACGCGCAGUUCCUCAUGCGUCUGUUGGAUGAGUGCUACUCCAGACGCCGAUACAACGUGACGCUGCCAGAAGGGUUGUACUGUCCACUGACCUUUGAUGGCCUCUCAUGUUGGAACUACACUCUAGCUGGAGAGACAGCAGUCCUGCCUUGCCCUUACUUUGUUACUGGCUUCGAUCCCCGAAGGUCAGCAUUUCGACACUGCAUGGAGGAUGGCAACUGGUUUCAGCACCCCGAGUCAGGCUUCAGCUGGUCAAAUUACACAACGUGUGUUGACAUGGAAGACUUGGAGUUCCGGCAGCUGGUCAACACUCUGUACAUGGCUGGCUACCUCAUCUCUGUGGUGGCCCUCUGUCUCUCACUGACCAUAUUCUUCUCCUUCCGGUCUCUGAAAUGCACACGGAUAUCUGUCCAUGUGCAGCUGUUCCUCUCAUUUGCCUCCAACAACAUCAUGUGGCUGGUAUGGUACAAGUAUGUCAUAGCUGACCCGAUCAUUGUGAAGGAAAAUGCGUUAUGGUGCCAAGCACUGCAUGUGUUGCUACAGUACCUCAUGGUAGCAAACUACACGUGGAUGUUCUGUGAAGGCUUGCAUCUACACCUUGCAUUGGUUGUAGUUUUUGUGAAAGACCAUCUUGUGAUGCGCUGGUUUCAUGCCAUAGGCUGGGGGCUGCCACUCAUCCUCACACUCAUAUAUGCUGGUGUACGGGGAUCAAGUCCAGAUGAUGCACAACGGUGCUGGAUGGAAGACAGCCAUACACAAUGGAUCCUAACAGCUCCAGUGCUCAUCUCCAUGCUGGCAAGCACAGUAUUCCUGGUGAAUGUAGUUCGUAUCCUGCUCACCAAACUACACAGUGCAUCAGCCAACCCAGCACCGGUCGGCAUGCGGAAGGCAGUAAGGGCCACACUUAUCCUGGUACCACUGUUUGGGAUCCAUCACAUUCUCAUUCCAUUCCGACCAGAACCAGGACAGCCUGGGGAGCAGAUCUACCAGGUUUUCUCUGCUGUGGUUGUCUCACUACAGGGCUUCUGUGUGUCAUGCCUCUUCUGUUUUGCCAACAUGGAUGUCCACUACGCUAUGUUGCCACUGCUGAAGCAACUUUUUGGAUCAUGUUUUGAGGGUGAGAAUGCCAUCACAGUGCAGAGGGCGAACACACUAACACACAGCACAAGGGAUUUAUGUGUCUGACCAUGCUUCAGGAUGCACAGAGAACUUGAUCUAAACACCUGGGAUACAAAGAUGUUCUCACCAAACCAGAUGUCAGCAUUCAGCUGACUGCAGUUUGAUUAUGGUACUCAACCCAAAAACACUGUCACUGCACAAUACUGUGCAGUCAGUGUACCAACACACUGAAGCUCAUCACUGCAACAAGAGACCAAAAACAGAACACAACCUGAACCAGUUCCAUAUUGUCACCAAUUUCCUGAAGUUCCAUUUUAAUUUUAUAUUUCCAGCUACAUCUUGGUCCCCAUACAUGACCUCAGUGCAGGAUGCUGACCAAACGUUUUUAUUGUAAAAAACAUGUCUGGCAUAACUAAAUGUCUUUUUUAAACGACUUCAACCUUUACUGGCCAUGUGUCAGAACUGUCAUGUGCAUGUGUACAGCCCAGCAGACCUAGUGUCACACUUUUGCAAUAUGAAUGCAUCAAACUAAAAUCUGGUCACCACCACCACAGAAGUGGGGAAUGUAAAUCCCAGUUACAUAUGACAAAGACAUAUAUUAUGCAUGUAUGUAGCUACAAAACUAUUAUAAUAAAGGUUACUGUGUGAUUCUCCCCCAGCCCCUCUUACCUGUGGUUUCUCAAAUAAACAUAUACACUCUGGACAAAAUACAAAUUUUCACAAAAAUAUAAAUCAAUAGGUAAAGGUAAAGUUUCUCCUGUGCUCAGCUAAUUAAGUGCUACGCCAUGAAGAUGUAUGGGGAAGUGGAUGUAUAGAUUCACACUUUCUUGAC